AUGACAUACAUGAAGUUUAUUGCGACUCCAAUUGCAUCACUCGCAGUCCUUUCCAACAUUGGCGUGGUCAUUUUAUUUCUUCGCAACACAAUUUGGUUAAAGAAACCUUACAACGUGUUUAUCCUCCACCUGGCGUUUACUGACUUGACAACUGGAAUUUUAAUGUCCAUUGCUCCUGGAUUGAGUUUCAAACCAACUACAGUUCCAGACAACCUAUUCUUUGGUAGACUUUAUUGCCAAACUAUUGCCGGUUAUUGGCUGUUCUUUGCACUCGGAGCUGUAUCAGUCUAUACUUGCUUGUUCCUUACUAUUGAAAGAUGGACGGCAAUUUGUCGACCAUUUAAGUAUAGAAUGAGAUUUGCCAACAAACAUUUGAUUAAAUAUUUGGUUCUGAUAUGGAUACUUGGACUUGGAACGUCACGUCUUGGUACUGUGUCUCGAACAUAUCAAACAAAGACAUCAAACAUGACGGCAGCAAAAUGCAUCGGUACACCACUAGUUGAAGGUAAAAUACUAUAUUUAUCUUCUUAUGAAAAUGUUAAAGGGCAUAUGACUCGAAAAUUGAUGGCGUUAGUUUUUUAGUCUAAUUUGAACGAUCAUUGAAAACUGUAGUCGAGUAACCUCUUUAACAGAUUUUUGGUUUCUUGUUUCGUUUUGGAGAUAUUUCAUUUUGUCGUAUUCAAGAUAUACGGCUUUUAGGGCUAACUCAUUAGCGAACUUAAGCAAAGCUUAAAGGGGCAAUGUCACCGAUUUUUGACCUAAAAUGCCUUUUAUUCAAAAACUGAACUACAAAGUUAAAAAUAAACAUUGUAAAUGGAUUAAGUUAUGAUAUAUGAGUCAUAUUAAACAACUUUGAACUUCCACGCAACAUGUAACAUGACAUUUUCAUAACAAUUGACUAAAACUUGAAAAAGUGUCUGCCGACAAUUAAUCAAGAUGCCAUUUACAAUCAAUCUCAAUCCUGACGUAAUCUUGCCCAUCCAGACUUCUGUACAUGUUUUUUGUGUUUGUUUUUGCUUUAUUUUGUGCUUACACUCAUUUUUUUUCAGUUUUGGACAAAAUUUGCGAGGGUUGGAAUUGCUCAAAAAUCGGUGACAUUGCCCCUUUAAUCUAGUACGGGGACGUGGCAAGAAAGCGCCUUAAAUUCUAUAGUUUUUUAUUAUAACUAACUACCGUUAUUAAGAACUUCAAAAAGCAGAACAAAAGUGCAACGAAAACAGCUAAUAAUAACAUAUUAAUGCAAGGAAAUGAGCAGAAAUUGACAAUUAAAAUCCACAGACGUUUUAGACGGCGCCGUAGUUCUGUUUUACAACGGCAAAAUACAGAUUAUCACGUCUUGUAUACAACGCUUACAUUUCAAGCUGGGACAACUGCUAUUUUAAAGUGGGUCCUAAAACUUUUCUCAAUCGUAAACCCAGUGUUUAUUUUGAUCCUUAAACUGUAUUAUUUCCAUACGAUGGAUAACAGACGACAGGUUUUCUGCUGCAAUCAUUUUGUUUAACGAGUUUGUUUACCGUCGCCGUCGCAUUCCCGUCCUACAUGCUUAAGCUCGCUAUUAUGCAUAUGUGACGUAGGAAGUUGGUCCUUUGCAUAUCAUACACAAUGAAAUAUCUCCGAAACGAAGCAAGAAAACAAAAAUCUGUCAAAGAAGUUACUCUACAGUUUUCAAUGAUCUUUCAAAUUAGACAAAAAACAACACCAUCAAUUUUCGAGUCAUAUGCCCUUUAAAGGUUAAAUACUGUACUUAUCUUCGAGUAAAAACGCUAACUUUGACGCUUGAGAUGAACAAAACUUCAUUGACAUUGUGACAAAGAGCAUAUAUAUUACAUAUUAGCAUAUAUACAGUAUACAUAUAUAUAUUACACAGACUUCGCGUUCAUGCAUGGACAUCCUAAAAUUAUUAAGACUCGAAAAUUGAUGGUGUUAUUUUUUUGUCUAAUUUGAAAGAUCAUUGAAAACUGUACAGUAACUUCUUUGACAGAUUUUUGUAUUCUUGCUUCGUUUUGGAGAUAUUUCAUUUUGUAUGAUAUGCAAAGGACCAACUUCUUACGUCACAUAUCACAUAUGCAUAAUGAUUUAGCCCUAUAAAAGCUGUAUAUCUUUAAUACGACUAAACACAAUCAGUAGAAAACCUACAUGGGUGUUGUUGUGGACAAAUCUCGUGCUCAUCAUUCAUUUUUAGCGAAUUUAUUUGAUAGUGACAAAAUUAUAUAACAUUUUAAAGUAAGUCUUUAUGAAAUAUCUCCAAAAUGAAGCAAGAAACCAAAAUCUGUCAAAGAUGUUAUCAAAAUGUUACUCUACAGUUUUCAAUGAUCUUAAUGAAAAUAAUACCGUCAAUUUUCGAGUCAUAUCCCGUUUAAGAUAAGCGUCAGGUUAUUGCGAAAAUAUUCUGUCCUUAAAUUGGCGAAUAUUCGCUACCAAUACAUAUUUACUGGGGGCGGUGGAAUUUGAAUUCCACUCAAAAAGAUAAGACGUCUCCGAGAAUUAACUAAUGACUCUGGAAUACAAUUCUCAUUCUCGCUCAUAAUUUCCGAAAACGACUCAGUUGCAUGGUUCAUUGCCUUGUUGGAGACGGCGUGCAAUUCAAAAACUAGUUUUGCUCAUGUACAUGAUUGGGGUAAGAAAAACACAAUCAUUAUGGACACUGGCAUUUAAUUGGCUAAGAAUUUUUUUUUCAAACAGACAACAAUAUGUUGAAUGCAGUGGGGUAACGUCCUCGUGAAGUUGUGGAGUACCUCAAGGGUCCGUUCUUGGACCAUUACUAUUUCUGAUAUAUAUUAAUGAUAUUUGCAAUGUCUCAGAUGCCUUGGAAUUGGUCUUAUUUGCUGAUAAUACCAAUCUAUUUUUUUCUCAUCAUGAUCUAUCUAACUUGACCAACCUCAUCAAUAUAGAGUUACAUAAUAAGUUAUCUGAUUGGUUUAAAGCCAAUAAGCUAUCAUUAAAUAUAAAGAAGUCAAACUAUAUUAUUUUUAGACCGCGGCAAAAAGAGACAAAUUACUAGUUUGCCGUUGUAUAUAAAUGAUCAUGAACUGCAUCGUACAGGUCAUAUAGUUUUUCUUGGAGUAAUCCUGGAUGAACACUUGUGUUGGUCACUUCACAUUUCGCAUAUUGCUAGCAAAAUUUCUCGUUUGGUUGGUGUCAUAUAUCGAGCACGUUUUUGCCUCACUAAGAUAGCUGAUUACUAUAGCACAGCUUUGAAUUCAAUAUUGUAAUACUUGUUAUAAAUGAGGAAGCCCAUAACCCUAUAAGCCAUAUGGUUUCUACUUGGGCUUCCUCGUCACAUAUGUAUAUUUCAUUAAUGUACAUUUCAUUUGUAAAUAAUUCCUUUUUGUGGCAAUUUAAUCAAUUGAAUUGAAAUUGAAGAACAUGAAUUUCUCCUUAGUUGAUGUUUUCAAAAUCCAUGUUUGCUGCAAAGUCAUUGAUGGAACUUAUUAUAAAACUCAAAAUAUAAAUUAAUUAAUCACGAUUUUGUUCAUAUCCUUGAAGAGUACAGGUGGUUUCAUCCGAAAUCUGGUAAAGUUGAUAGAGUAUCAGCCAACCAAUAUGAUUGGAUAAAUAAGCUAGAAUUAGUUUCAAACAUCUUGUAACUCCAAAGACGCGUAAAAUUUUAAACAAAGAAAACGGGCGGGGGGCAUGGUGGGGCGGGGGAGGGGCAUGGUGGGGCGGGGUUGACGCCUGAUGAACAAAAUAACCAAAUCCGUAGUUCACCAAAUUGCAUGGAUAUAUGAAUGUAUUAUAAUUUCACAGGAGAUUUUAUUGGAUCGAUCACAGUAUGUUCUGUAAGUCUCAAGUUCUUUAUUCCAUCUGGAAUAAUAUUGGUCCUGUAUGCUCGUACUAUUCGCAAGAUAAUACAAACUGGCAAACAGUUCCACGGCCAGAACAAAAGAGAACAGGCCAUCAGAAAUGUUACCAAGAUGGCAGCGACAGCCUCACUUGUAUUGAUUGCUUGUUGGUUACCAAGUCAGGUGAGGAUUGAUGGUUUAUCCCCGAGCCGGCGGCGCGAAGCGCCGUGCGAGGGUACUAAUUCCCCCCGGCUAUUUACACCCGGGGAAACGACAGCAUUAGCGAAGUCUAAAGUUCAUCAAUGAGCGCGGGCGUCGGUCACCAACGAUGGGUGGUCAUCCUCACUGAUCUCAAAAAUAUGGCGGAUUGUCAUGAAUGAAUAAUGACGACAGCGAAAUAGCAAACAUUUCUUGAUUUGAUGAUUGAUAAAUUUCUUGCAAAUAUAUUUCAUUUUUGCUCGUAUUUCUGCAAGAUUUUGUAAAUUUCAAGAAAGAAAGGGCGAAAGAAUCAGCUAAAAGAAGGGAGCCGACGUUAACGAAGGUAAGUUUGUUUUAAAUAUUGAUUUUAUAAUGGCUUUAAAACCCGACGGCCUUUGCGUAUAUGAAACAACUAAACAAGACAGCAUAUAUAAAUUUCAGUGUAACUUUAAUAUUGAUUCCCUUUUUUAUUAUAUUGAAUUUUUUAAAUAAAAAUAAAGCAAAGACCAAAGUUAUUUGCAAGCGAGAAUUUGAAAUCAUUUUAUUGCAAACUCAAAGUUUAUCGAUAAAGCCAUUUAAUAGUUAAAGGCAGUUUAGUUUUAUAAAGAACACUUUAAAACGUUUUGUGAAUUGUAUGUGGUUGAAUUUUACCUUAAAUUGAAGCUUGUAUUACGUAUAAUUACAUACCUAACAUAUAUAUGUUGGGAAAUUGAUAAUUUUGUAAUUAAAAGUGAUAUUUUUAGGCGAUUUUUAUUUGUAAGAAUAUUCUUAAAAAAUUAUCGUGUUACCAUGACAACUACUCUAGAUACUCCCUGUUCGGAAAAUACAACGGUUUUGUCAGCAAGGCGAGGGUCUCUGCAUGCAUGUAUUUUCUAGUUUUACAAACAAUGUUUUCAAUAACUGCCCACAAAUUCUAGUCAAUUUCUCUUUUUAGAAGUUAUUAAGUUCCCACUCUUCAUAUCACUCUCAGCCUCCUUCCAUUAAAUGUUAAUUAUCAAACUUAUCAGUUCUUCCGAGAUAAUCUCAGCAACUCCUUGACUCUGAAUUUGUUUAUCAUUUUUAACAUGUAUAGAAGGGAAGGGCUGCACAUGGAACGACGUCACGUGGUAGAUAGGGAUGUUAGGGCUUACAUUUACAGCGUGGGAUAUCUUGCCUUUUUCUCCACGUUAAAUAUUAAAAAUUACAUUAUAAUUAAAUCAACCAAUCAAUUACCAACCAAGAGAUCAAGCAAUCGAUCAGACACUUACUUAUAAAAAUAUAUUUUACCAUUGGUAAAAGCAAAACUUUUCCAUACAACGUAAUAGCAAGAUUAUGAAUAUUAUGAGGAUGAUUCGUGUCACGAUAUGCAUGAGUUUGAUACGGAAAUGUUACUUUCGUCUCUGUGAUGGCAUCGUCCGUUUUUAGGAGGUCUGUACAGAUCAGAGACGUAUUUCAUAUUCCUGUCUGAAAACAAUGACAUAGCAAUUUACUAUACAUGUAGGCUAUCAUCUUAUUGCCUAUAGUUCUGCUCUCACUGCUUAUUAUAUUCUUAAAUGCUACGGAAUAUCUUCUGAAAAUCAAGAUAUUUCCGAAUUCAUUUAUAUCAACCGUUAUGACUAAAGGGAUCUACCAUCACACGGGCAAUAACCCAAAAAUUAUAGAUAAGUAGACCAAUUUUUUCUUUCCCACUCUUCGCAGCAAUUGUAUAGUUUUUUAGAUGUUGCUCUCGACCUCAAUAAUAAAAGCUACUGAUAAUACAUAAAUUCUAUUUCUGAUCAAUUAAAUAUUUUUAGUAUAGUCAUUCCCAGUGCGUAAUUUUUAUUUCAGAUUAAUUUAAUAUUAGUGAAGUAUGGCCAAGCUGGAAUGUUCAGUCAUUUCCACAAUACUACCACAAUAUAUCUUUUUUAUUUCAGAUUUAUUUAAUAUUAUUGAAGUAUGGCAAAGCUAAACUGUUCAGUCACUUCCACAACUCCACCAUAGUGUUGGUUUCAAUUAACUCGACUUUAAAUCCAUUUAUAUACGCGUUGUGGGGAAGACAGUUUAAGAUUGGGAUUAAGUCUGGUUUGUGUCGAUGCAUUGGCCAUACCAGCAAGAGUGACGUCACUUUGAAUUCUGGUCAAGAAGGCAGCUAUGAAUUAUCUUGUACAUCAGGACAAAAUAACAACGCUUUUGAAAUUUUCCAUCAAAUAUUUAAUGUACAUUAAUUAAAAAAUGUAAUUUAAAAAUUUAUAUUGCGGGUGUUACAUAGGAAGAUGCUCACACGCGCAUUACAUCAAAAUAGAAAAUUGGAAUAUUACACUAAUUUUAAAAAUAGGUACGCAACGCGUACAUGUAUCUGCGAAAAAACUUCAUUCACAUUUUGUAUUUUCUUGAAAGAAACUGAAUAAUGAAGAUGACAUGGGACAAUUGAAAUAUUUCAUCACUUAUUAUAAUAGCAGAUAAGAUUUAAAACAGGGCUGUACACAGCGGGGAGUGCAGCAGGGCAAGUGCUACCCCCGCCCGCACCGAGAAAAUUUAACUAACUUUAUAAUGUGAUUAUGAUUGUAACAGAUAAUUAUGCAGUCAGGAAAUAAAAAUUUCAUGCAAACAAUAUUCAAAGUGUCUAUACAGCCAGCUAUUUAGUAAACUGUCACCUGUCAAUUCAAUCCAUACUCAUCAAAUUUUCAAAACUUUAUUGUAAUCAUAUGAAGCAAAAGUUAUGUCACUUGUUGUUUACACUUGCCAAUGUUAACUGUUGAGUAACAUACACAAAUUAUUUGGUGAACAUGUCGAAGACCACUGAAUAAUUGAGAAUGUUUUGAAGGUCAUGAGUGAAGUAUAUAAUUAAAUUCCAGUUCUGUGCACAGUUAAUGAUAUACCACACUGUUCGGUUUAACACGUACAGCACAUUCACACAAAAACAAUCGUGUUGUGGGAGAUUAUCGGUUUGAGUAGAAGGUAUCACAAGUUUAGUUUUGUACAUUGUGUGUCACUGAUCAAAUCCACCAUAUAAUAUAUGAUUACUCAUUGUAGCUGUUAAGUUAUUUUCCAUACUAAUGAAUUUAGGUAAGAUUGUCUUGCAAGUUGGUUGUUCUGACAAAAUUAUCCAGCCAAUAUCCACUACAUUUAUUCUUCAUUCUUGUAUUAAUCUCUAAAGAAAAAUAUUUAUGUUAGAAAGCAAAAUGACAAUGUAAUGAGGCUCGGGAGGGUGAGGAUUCUUUUAUUUGAAAAUGCUUGUAAAAAUUUUGUUUAAUUAACUCUAAUGUGUAAAACCAAAAUGCAUAAGUAUUUUAACUGAUAACAUCUUCAACCUUUGCUCUAACACUACAUUUGAUGACAGCUUUAUAGUUGGACUGUUGUUUUGAGUCAGAGACACAGAGUUAUGGAGUAGUCAAUAUACAGAAAUACAGGACCAGGAUUUAAUUCAAUAUCUCCUGAGAAUGUUUUCACUGUUUAAAAUAUUACAGAAGUCACAGAAGGAUUGUUUUUAAUACUGUAUAAAUCUUUUUGCGAACUAUGUUGACAAAUAGCUUAAAAUAUCCUCGAAAAUAUCCAAUAUUUUAACAGUGUAAUAUAUUAAUAAAAAAUUCCACAGUGUAUUCCAUGUAAACUCUACGCCAAAUAUACGGCAAUAUUAACUAUAGAUAGUAUAGUAAAUAUUUGCCGAACUGGCGAACUCAUGUAUUAUAAAACUUGUAAAAUAUGUGGGACAUAUAUUUGCCAAAUUUGGUAUUUAAAUAUAUAAUAUGUGGCAUUUGACUACUUACCAGAUGAGGAUAAGAUUCCAUGUUGAUAAAUAAGUAGAAUGGCGAGAAAAGUCAGAAAACAAGACAGCCAAUUCAAGAUAAAUUGAUAAAAAUAUCAAGAUAUUUAUGAAAGAAUAUAAAACACGAUUUAUACACGAGGCCUGACGAGGCUAAAGUAUGCCCGUUCGCAGGUUAGAUCAGCGGGCACGAUAUAAACAAUUGAUGUAAACGAAUCGCUGAUUAGCUUAAAUCGGCAUAAAUAAUGGCUUAAAAUAUAUAAGCUCGUCGCUGAAUGGCUAUCUGUUAACAUACGGUACGGUAACAGUACGUUUGCGAUAGCAUAUAUAUAUAUAUAUAUAUAUAUAUAUAUAUAUAUAUAUAUAUAUAUAUAUAUAUAUAUAUAUAUAUAUAUAUAUAUAUAUAUAUAUAUACAGGGUGCCCCCCCAAAAAUGCCCUCUGUCAUAUUUGGUGGUAUUACUUCGCUAUAUUUAAUCAAAGGUUCAAAUUUUUUGCAGUGGGUUGAAAAACAAUCAUAUUAAAUCAAUCGUAGUAUUUAUCUCACCAAAAUACUUAACCGUUCGGCUUCUAGAGAUACUUGCGAUACUUGGUGGCGAAUUACAGAAAUUAGGUUAAAAAUAAUGCAAACUUUGCAGAAAGAUUUCUAAAGUUUCUACCCACCUUUUUGCUCAAAAACAAAAUUUUUUUAUCUCUAUUAUUAAACUUUUGUUUCUUGUAGAAAUUAAUAAAAAAGAUGAAAAAUCCCUGGCAAAUUGACAAAGGCAAGCUAAGGUUGGGAAAAUGCCUUAAAUUUGCUGUUUUCCGUUCAAUUUGUUCCAUGAAAGAGGAAAUGUUGGGAUUUCGGCGCUAGUCUUUCCCCUUUUCUGGGGAUUGCUUCAUUAUUUUUACAGAAAAUUAAUUUGCGAUUUUGGCUACAACUAACUAACAAGUUUUAGAAAAGAUAUGUAGCCAUUUACCAUUAAAAUAUUUUAUGACGCUCCAUAAUAUGUUUAAACCUAAUAUCCUCAAUUUGGACAAGUGGCAAUAUUGGUGUCGCCACCUUAAGUAGCUCUAGAAGGCGAACGGUUAAACAAUUUAGUGCGAAAAAAUGCAACAAUUCACGUAUAUAUAUAUAUAUAUAUAUAUAUAUAUAUAUAUAUAUAUGAACUUGGCUUUGGGAUUUCUUCAGACAUAAAAAUACACAAAGUAUAUUUUCCAAACGUUUCGCCUUUUACGGCUUCUUCAGUGGAAUGUUUUUUAUAGGAGGAAAUAUUAUUGUAAAAAACAUUCCACUGAAGAAGCCGUAAAAGGCGAAACGUUUGGAAAAUAUACUUUGUGUAUUUUUAUGUCUGAAGAAAUCCCAAAGCCAAGUUCAUACACUAUCCAGACAUGGUACCUCACACCCAUUCAUAUAUAUAUAUAUAUAUAUAUACAUAUAUAUAUAUAUAUAUAUAUAUAUAUAUAUAUAUAUAUAUAUAUAUAUAUAUAUAUAUAUAUAUAUAUAUAUAUAUAUAUAUAUAUAUAUCACUGACCCAGGCUGUACUUCCCGUCAUCAUCGUCACUGCAUGGUCACUGUUAAAUGUGAAUGAGGUUUGAAAUGAAAUGUAGAAAAUACGAAAACAAGCAACAUACCGCAUACAGCACAGCCAUGGAAAGCAAAAUAAAGCCAACAGAGAUGGUUGAUUGUUUAAUCAUUCUGAAAAGUUUUCUUUGGAAUGCCUUCAGUUGGUGUUUCUCGUUCGACAAACUGUGUAAUACUGAAUAUUCUUGUCUUGUGCUUCAACUUUAUCAUCGUGAAGGUCAAUUUGAAUAUAUAUGCCGUUGCUGAAACGGAUGUCAAAAUUUGAAGGGGCUAAACUAUCUAUUUUUGAACUCAUUUUCUUAAUUGACACGGCCAAGAGAAGGUUUUUAAAUUUUUAACAUGCAAACCUACAGCUAUAGGGUACAAGUUCAAGGGUCUAUUACAAUAAUAAUAAUCCGCGUUUAUUAUCAGAGUAUCCACCAAUAAAGGCGUCUCUUCAUCUGAUAAAACUACAUUCUGAAAAAUUUACACUAUAUACCAGUAUUUAAUAUUACUAACUGAGGGCCUGUUCAUAUGGGCAAAAGUUAUCCCGGUUAACGAAAACUUUUCGACUAGCCAAAUACUUUUGUUCUGUUCAUAUAUGGAGAAACUUUAUCCCGCUUACCGGGUAAAGUUUUCGGCUGUGACGUGGCACUGAACAUCAAUUGAAUUGAAAAGUUGCUGACACGACAGAAAGUUAUCCCGCUAAGCGGGAAAGUUGUGUUCAUAUGGGAAAAAUAUUUUCCCGGUCACCGAGAUCUCGCCUGUCAACAAGCGAGAGCUCGGUACACGGGAAAACUUUUUGUCUCAUAUGAACGCAGUAUAACUUUUCAUAUUAUUUUCAUACCAAGGCGAGAUCUCGCUUGUAAACUUCUUGAAAAGUUUUCUCGCUAACCGGGAUAACUUUUGCCCAUAUGAACAGGCCCUAAGUGUGAUGAACUCACUUUUCCAAUACGCGUACAGACGUUGAAAGUUUUAAACAUAAAUUUAACCACACAAUCCCUCUCUCGGGCAAAUAAAAAGAGUUUAUUUUCAUGUUUGUUGUCUCAAAAUAAAAUUGUUGCCGCCAUUUUGAAAUUUAUUGACAGGGGGUGACUGCCUCUAGUCACUUGCUAAGCUAUGCGCAGUACGGCAUGCGCAGUGACCAAGCCCUUACCACAGAAUAAGGAGUAGAACCUUACGCUUUUUUGACUGAUGUCGGACAUCUGGUCCUCUUAAUCUGCACCGAUAAUCAACGAGCCUGAGACGAAUAAUUGUUUUAGUAUUUUUACAAAAGCUUUUGUGCUUUUUGUGACUGAAAUUAUUUUAAUUUCGCUUAUUUCUUUGUCAGUAAACUUCCACAAAACGGGUAGCCGCCAUUUUGAAAAUUUCUGUUUUGUUAUAUUCACCUGUAGGUGAAUAUAACGGCUUAUUACGUCAAGUGAUAUUUUUAUGCCAUUUUUCAUUUGUAAAAACGUUCUUAAUAAGAAUAUCGUGUUACCGCAUGGCAACUACUUUAAAUACUUCAUGUUCGGAAAAUGCAAUUGGUUUUGUUAGCAAGGCGAGGGUUCCUGCAUGCAUUUAUUUUCUAGUUUGUAUACGUUGAUUGUUGUUUUUUUUAAUUAUUUUGUUUCUGAUUGCAGUUGGUUCUAGAGUGUACGCCCGUUGGUCAAACGGUUUAUACUACAAAGUCGGUUUCGUCAGCAAGUCCAAUCGGCGGACAGUCUCCAUCAAUUAUGAUGACGGAGAUAGUAUAACCCUGCCAAAGAGUGACAAACGUGCAGUCAUCCUUGACAACUUACCACGAGACCACCUGGUCGAAUUAGGACAGCAAGUGAUUGGUUAUUGGCCUUGGCGUGUGAGAUAUUACCCAGGUUAUAUAUCUAGAUUUUGCGGCUACAGAACUAGGAAGUUUCGGCUUAGGUUCGAAGACAGGCAGAUACGCUGUCAGCAUAUUUACGAGAUACGCAUGGUUCCCUAG